UCAGUGUGUAUAUGUUGGGAGUGUAGCGAGUGUGUAUGUUCCUGUGUUUAACUGUUUGUUGCCCGGCUGCAGAUGAGCAAGCCGCUAGUUAGGAGCUCCCUUGUGCCAAAAUGCGAAUGAAUUAGCGCCUGGCGGCGGUGGAGAUACUAAUGGGGCUGCUGGUGAGGAGGUCGGAAGAGGCGGGGUGUAUAUAAUAUGUGGCUGCUGAGGGGACUUAGAAGUGGAGGGUUUGUAGCUGGAAGAGAAGCCGCACGCUCGGCUCUCGCACUGUAGGAAACGCCAAUUCCUUGUAGGGCUUCCCAGCGCUUUGUCGGCUCCCUGAUCCCUCGCUGCCGCCUCAGAGCUUUCUGUCAGUGAGUGACAAGAGAGGGGGGAGCGCAGAAGGGGCAGCGGCAAUAGCGCGGGAGGAGGAGGAGGAGAGUCUCAUUGGAGCCGCUCUACAUCCAGCGCUCACAUCCUAGCGCCUCUUAGCACUAAACUAGCACUCAAGCUAAGCUCAAAAUGGACGGUACCCCGACCAGUUCCUUUCGAUCUGCCGAUAGCCUGCUCAAUAGCUCCAUCAGCGGCUGGGGUGACAAUGGCUCCUACAUUCCCAUGAGGUGUCCGGUUAUCAGCAUGGGGAACUGGACCAGACUGGAUGACAACAACCUGUCCUACCUGUGCAACCGCUCUGACACUUUCCCUGAGGACAGCGACUCCAUCAUCAUAGCCAUCAUCAUCACCGCUCUCUACUCCAUGAUCUGCGUGAUGGGACUCUUUGGCAACGUCCUGGUCAUGUAUGUUAUUGUCAGGUACACGAAAAUGAAGACUGCAACCAACAUCUAUAUUUUUAAUCUUGCUCUAGCUGAUGCCCUCGCAACAAGUACUCUCCCUUUCCAAAGUGUUAAUUAUUUAAUGGGAACAUGGCCAUUUGGCAAUAUUGUGUGCAAAAUAGUUAUAUCCAUAGAUUAUUAUAACAUGUUUACUAGCAUUUUUACUUUGACCACAAUGAGCGUUGAUCGCUACAUCGCUGUCUGCCAUCCUGUAAAAGCACUAGACUUCAGAACACCAAGAAAUGCCAAAAUUGUCAAUGUCUGCAACUGGAUACUUUCAUCUGCUAUUGGGCUACCUGUGAUGUUCAUGGCUACUACAAAAUCUGAAAGAGGUUCUACUGACUGUGCUCUUCUCUUCCCACACCCAUCAUGGUAUUGGGACAACCUACUGAAAAUCUGUGUUUUCAUUUUUGCUUUUAUAAUGCCAGUCCUAAUCAUUACAGUGUGCUAUGGCAUGAUGAUUCUGCGACUCAAAAGUGUGCGAAUGCUUUCUGGCUCCAAAGAAAAGGAUAGAAAUCUGAGAAGAAUCACCAGGAUGGUCCUUGUCGUGGUGGCAGUGUUUAUUGUCUGCUGGACUCCUAUCCACAUUUAUGUCAUUAUAAAAGCGUUGAUCAAUAUCCCUCCCUCUCUUUUCCAGACUGUCACCUGGCAUGUUUGCAUUGCAUUAGGCUACACAAACAGCUGCUUGAAUCCUGUACUGUAUGCUUUUCUUGAUGAAAACUUUAAGAGGUGCUUCAGAGAAUUUUGCAUUCCUACAUCAUCAACCAUUGAGCAACAGAACUCCACUCGCAUGCGGCACAAUACACGUGACCAUGCCUCCACUGCCAAUACUGUAGACAGGACUAAUCAUCAGGUAUGACUAGCAGUGGAAAUGUCAUCUCUGGAUUCAAGAGUUCCAGCAAGAGAUGACAUGACUUCAGAAGUUACUCAAAUAACUACAGGCCUUUAAUAUACUGCUGGCAUUAGAUCAAUUGAGCAUCUUUGUUUUCAUGCUUGGAACUUUCCAGGCACUCAGAAUGACAAAUGGUAUGGUCUUGAGUAGUUACAGUUCUUAAGAGAGAAAGACCUAAACAUGUGCCCUUGAUCUUUGAGGAGGGC